AUGCAGCCUAGGAGACGGUAUCGAGGCCACGCAACCAUAAACGAGGAACGACAUCGUGCAGCACAGUUCGCCACUGCUGCUUCUGGGUAUGUCGAAGAGAGGGAGGCGGCGCUUCGUGAGCAGUGCGUCGUUUUCCAGGGAAAGUUGCAGGCGUUUGCGAGAGAGCACCGACGGGAGAUAGAGUCUGAUGGCGCGCUUCGGACUCGUUUUCUGGAACUCUGUAUGAACCUUGGUGUUGAGCCGUUUUUGUCUCGCCGCUCAGUAUGGUCGCAACUGCUGGGACUCAGUGAGUGGUACGCCCGACUCGGGUUUCUGGUCGCGCAGAUCGCUUUGGCGACACGGGACUGGAACGGUGGUGUCAUUCGUCUGACGGUUCUCCGAAGGGCGCUCCAGCGACGUCUGGACGUAGACUGUGGCACUCAGGAACCCAGUGAGAAACGCGCACGCAUCGUAUCCAACGACGAUAUCGCACGCGCAGUUCGAACCCUGGAGCGAUUGAGGGCAGGGUUUCGGAUCAUCAGUAUUGAUGAAGGUAAAAAGGAGUGUUGCCUUGUCUCGGGAGCGGCUGGCGAGAUCAGUUUUACAGAAGACGAGAAAGCCGUGUUGCAGCGUGCACGAGCAACAGGCGGUUCGAUUUGUCGACAAGACCUGCCAUGGGAGAAUAUUCGAUGGGGGCGAUCCAUAGAGCGUCUGCUCCAGCUGGGCAUUCUGUGGGUCGAUGACGGCGCAAGUGAUGGCCAGCGACGAUACUGGGCCCUCGGGCUGAUCCCAGAAUCCAUCGAGGAUCAGAAUCCAGUUUCCGAGUCGGGCCCCAGCGAUCGAUACGAAGGUCGCCCCAUAACCUCAGUGGCGUCUAAGCUCCCGUGA